AUGGCGCGAGACAGAAGUCCAGAACGUAGACGUUCACGUUCAAGAGAACGACGUGACAAAGACCGUCACGAUGAUCGUGAUUUUUAUCGUGAUAGGUUAAAAAAGAGAGAACGCUCGAAAAGCCCAAGGAAAGAAGAUAAAUCAAGGAGCCCUUCGAGAAAAGAUAGAGAUCGAUCUCGGAGCCCAGUUAAAAAAGAUAGGGACCGGUCACGCAGCCCCUCAAAGAAAGACCGCGAACGAUCUAAAAGCCCUACACGUAAAGACCGUGGUCGUUCUAGAAGCCCUAAAAAACGCGAUGGUAAAGAGAAGGACCGAAAAUACGAUGAAAAAGAGAAGUCGAAAAGUAGGAAUGAUGAAGAUGGUAAGAUUGACGAAGAAGAUGGCCAAGAGCAGAGGGACGAUGUAAAGCCUGUCAAACGAGAGCCAUUGUCUCUUGAAGAAUUACUCGCUAAAAAGAAGGCUGAAGAGGAAGCGCGCAGUAAGCCUGUUUUUCUAACAAAAGAACAAAGAGCUGCUUUAGCAUUGGAAAGACGUCAAAAACAAGUGGAAGCUAUCAGAGCAAAUUCCGACAGACCUUCUAUUACAACCAUAGACCUUACAGGCCCUUCAAGUUCAAAAAAGGAAGAAGAGAAAAAAUACCGAGAUGAAAGAGAGAAGGAACGUGAUAGGAGAGAAGAUAGGGAACGAGAUAGAAAACUGGUAAAUGAGCGACGUGAAGAAAAGAAAGAUAAAAAUGAGGAUGUUUCCAAAACCAAAGAUAAAGAACGCGAAGAGGAAGCUAUAAAGGCUCGGUAUCUGGGUAUUGUAAAGAAGAAACGAAGAGUCAGGAGGUUGAAUGAUCGUAAGUUUGUGUUUGAUUGGGAUGCUUCUGAAGACACUUCAAAUGAUUAUAAUACAUUGUAUAAAGAGAGGCAUCAAGUACAGUUUUUUGGUCGUGGUCACAUUGCUGGAAUAGACAUAAAAUCUCAGAAAAAAGAUUAUAGUAAGUUUUAUGGCAACUUAUUAGAGAAAAGACGGACUGAAUUGGAAAAGGAACAGGAGAAGUCACGUUUGAGAAAGGUUAAAAAAAAGGAAGAUAAACAAAAAUGGGAUGAUCGUCAUUGGUCUGAAAAAGACCAUGACGAGAUGACUGAGAGAGAUUGGCGAAUCUUCAGAGAAGAUUAUAAUAUCACUAUUAAGGGUGGCAAAAUACCCAACCCUAUACGGUCAUGGAAGGAAGCUACCUUCCACCAAGACAUUAUGGAAAUUAUUGGCAAAGUUGGAUAUAAGAGCCCAACACCUAUUCAAAGGCAGGCCAUCCCUAUUGGUUUACAGAACAGAGACAUCAUAGGCGUGGCUGAAACUGGCUCAGGUAAAACAUUGGCAUUCCUUAUACCUUUACUCACAUGGAUACAGUCACUACCUAAAAGUGAACGAAUGGAGGAUGUGGAUCAGGGCCCAUAUGCAAUAAUAUUAGCACCAACUCGUGAGUUAGCUCAACAAAUUGAAGAGGAAACCAAUAAAUUUGGAAUACCCUUGGGUAUCACAUCUGUUGUCGUUGUUGGUGGUCUUUCUAGAGAGGACCAAGGCUUUAAACUGAGGUUGGGAUGUGAAAUUGUAAUUGCCACACCAGGUCGACUUAUAGACGUGUUAGAAAAUAGGUACUUGGUACUGACCCGUUGUACCUAUGUCGUACUUGAUGAAGCCGAUCGUAUGAUUGACAUGGGUUUUGAACCUGACGUACAGAAAAUUUUAGAAUAUAUGCCAGUCUCUAAUGUUAAACCUGACACUGAUGCUGCUGAGGAUGCCUCUGUUUUGUUAGCCAACUACAACUCCAAGAAAAAGUACAGACAAACAGUGAUGUUUACGGCAACUAUGCCACCGGCUGUAGAGCGCCUGGCGAGAAGUUAUUUACGAAGACCAGCGAUUGUGUACAUUGGAUCGAUUGGCAAACCUGUUGACAGAACUGAACAAGUCGUAUUUAUGAUUGGCGAGAACGAAAAACGCAGAAAGCUGACUGAGAUAUUGCAACGGGGAGUCGAACCACCGAUUAUAAUUUUUGUCAAUCAAAAGAAAGGUGCGGAUGUUCUGGCUAAAGGUUUGGAGAAGCUUGGGUUCAAUGCAUGCACCUUGCAUGGUGGUAAGGGACAGGAACAGCGAGACUUCGCUUUGGCAAGUCUUAAAAAUGGUUCUAAAGAUAUUUUGGUGGCGACAGACGUAGCUGGACGUGGUAUCGAUAUUAAAGACGUUAGUAUAGUCAUAAACUAUGAUAUGGCCAAGACCAUAGAAGAUUAUACCCAUCGUAUUGGUCGUACAGGUCGUGCUGGCAAGACUGGCAAAGCCAUAUCGUUUGUCACGAAAGAGGACUCGGCAUUGUUUUAUGACCUUAAGCAAGUAUUACUUUCGAGCUCUGUUUCAACAUGUCCACCUGAACUGAUGAACCAUCCAGAAGCACAGCAUAAGCCAGGAACUGUUGUUACCAAGAAGAGGCGAGAAGAAAUGAUAUUUGCAUAA